UUUAGUUGCUAAGACUGGAAUCAUUUUCAGAAAAUGGCUGGCGAACAAGGACUGCCGAAAAUACCCAACUUGCAAGUUGCUGAACUGAAGUUCAGGGUGCAACAGAACCCCCAGGAACUUGAGCACCUGAAAGCAGAUAUUUUGAAACUGAUUGAAGAAGAUGACAUGCUUCCUUUUUACCAGUUGACUUGCAAAGAGCUCAACUGGAAAGAAGAUGCAACCUUGGUGGAAAAAUUGGAGGCCAAAAAUAAAGCUGAGCUAGAAAUCCUGGAUAAGAAAAUUUCAGACACGGAAGCCAAUUUAGGAGAAUCGGAUAUCCGCGAUGCAUACAUGGCCAAAGGGGAAUACCUAUGCAAAAUUGGUGAUAAAGAUGCCUGCCUGAGUCUGUUUCGAACUAUUCUCGACAAGUCACUGGCGCUCGGACAAAAGCUAGAUGUUGUAUUUUACUGUAUUAGACUAGGACUGUUUUACAUGGAUACGGAUCUGGUUGAAAGGAAUCUGGAUAAAGCAAAAGGACUGGUCGAAAAAGGCGGAGACUGGGAUAGAAGAAACAGACUGAAGGUCUACGAAGGGGUUUUCCACAUGUACAAUAGAAAUUUCGAAAGCGCAAUUGAUCUGUUCCUUGAUGCGGUGAGCACUUUCACCUCGACCGAGAUUAUGUCAUACGAUGAGUUUGUGAGAUAUACUGUGUACAUGGCUAUGGUUACACUUCCCAGAGUCGAAAUCAAGUCUAAAGUAAUCGACAAUGACGAAAUCCAACAACGUCUUAACUGCAGCCUCCCAGAUACCAAACAGUAUGUGACAUCACUGUAUGAGAGCGACUAUGCUUCUUUCUUCGAGAGUUUGUUUGAUGUGGAAUCGUUUAUGAAGCUGGAUAGAUAUCUGUACAAGCAUUACAGGUACUACAUCAAAGAGGUAAGAAUCAUUGCCUAUUCGCAGAUUCUGCAAUCGUACAGAUCGGUGACGUUGCAGUACAUCGCAGACGCGUUCAAUGUUUCGGUGCCUUUCAUCGAUAAAGAACUGGCGAGGUUCAUUGCGGCAAAUCGGCUGCCAUGUAAAAUCAAUAAAGUUCGUGGCAUUGUUGAGACGACAAGACCGGACAGCAAGAACUACCAGUAUCAACAGCUGAUCAAACAGGGGGAUCACUUGUUGAACAAGAUCCAGAAGCUCAGUAGAGUCAUUAAUUUGUAGAUGGGAAAGCAAAGCAGAGAAUUGAGUCCUAAAUUGAGCUUGAUGAGACCUCCUAUGUGUACACUGAAUGAUGUUUAUGAGAUAGAUAUUAAAAUAGUUGUGUUAUGUUGUGAAA